AUGUCUGCUUGGGGAAAUAAUACCGGUACCGAUCAUGGUACGAAUAAUGCUGGGAACAACGAUAAAUUCCCGGUUCUCGGGGCACUUCCACCACAAACACAGAACAACCACCAGCAGCGACCUGACGUGACGGACAUUCAGCAGCAGAUCAGCCAAACACAAGCGGUUUUGAACGCCAUUGAACAGGCCAGCAGAAACAAGGCGUCGUUGCUGUCAGGGCUGAGCUCUUCGAUCAACGGCACGACGAAGAGCGAGCAGGAGAUGGCCGACAUCGAUAAGUACGGGCUAAAGGGCCUGUUGCCGGUCCUGAAAAUGCAGAACAACGAGCUCAACACGAUAACCACCGGGCUGGACCUCAACAUGCUGGGGCUGGAUGUGACCCCGAAAAACGACGACGUGCAGAUAUCCAAGACAUUUGCGUCUCCGUGGCUCGAGACGAGCCGGUCGGAGGUGGAGCCUGUUUUCUCUGUGCCGCAGUCGUUCCAGAUUAAUAACGAGGAGCUCGUUUCUGUGGAGAGCAGAAUCAGCUCGUUCAACGACGAGACGCUAUUUUUCAUCUUUUACUCCAAGCCCAGAGACGUGCUCCAGGAGCUGGUGGCCCGGGAGCUCAACAAUAGAAACUGGAGAUACCACAAGGACUUGCAGGUGUGGCUAACGAAGGACUCGAGCGUCGAGCCGACGGUCAACGGGCCGGGCUCCGAGAACGGCACCUACGUGUUCUUCGAUCCGACUUCCUGGGAGUACGUCACCAAGGACUUUGUGCUGUACUACCAGUCCAUCAUAUAG